AAAAGCCAGACAGCGCAAAAAGAGUUUAAACAAUUUAAGAGAAGAGCAGGUGGAGCGAACAAUUGGAUUUAAUUGAGUCAAACUUUUGAAAAGCAAACCCCAGCGAUGGGAAAGCGUGUGGAAAAGCGACGGGGAAAACCUUGGCUAUGCGGCCUGCCAUUGGUCAUUUUCCUAAUCCUUGGUGCGCCUGCGCCGGCCGUGACGUCAUUGGCGGCGCUGCCGAAGGACGAUGCCGUGGGGGAUGCUGCAUUCGCAGCCAACAUCCUUGAAGUCGCAGAACCCAACAGCGCAGUUCAGGAUUGGAGUUUGCUGUGUAAAGAGCUCUGCGGAGCUGGCCUUGGCGUUGCCUCAACGCCUGGCGGGGCCAAGGACACGAUCCUGAGACCGGAGUUCGAUGUGGCCAAGUGCCGGCAACUGUGUGGACUGCCUAGAGCCGAAUGGGGCGACAAGAUCUGCUCGAGCUUCUGCCAGCAAAGGAGUCGCUCCCUGCCCGGCUGUAGUCCCUGCCAGCAGGAGGUGCAGAGAAAGCAGGAGACGGAGGAGAUGGUUUGGAGAGAGGAUAUGAUGGCCAGUGGAACGCAGGGCAAGACUACAUACGGUUCCGGUUCCGAGAAGCCAAUCCCCCGCGAGACAAUCCAAGUGGAUGUCACUGCUGCACCGAUAGUUGCAGCAGCGGCGGAUGCGGAAGCCACGACCGCGGUUCCGGACUGGAACGAAGUGUGCAAGGUGCUCUGCAAGACUGGCGAUGGCGGGUCUUUGUGCAACUGUGAUUUAUCGCCCUUCUUCAGCUAAGGAUCCCCAGAUCCUCGCAAGGGGAUCUCUGCGAUGGAUCCUCUGGAUGCAGGCGUUAAAUCACAAAACCGAUUAUAUAUAGUUCGAGAAUUAUAUGACGUUUUGUUGUUCUUCGUUUUUGGACUUGAGUUAGUGCUAGUGUUGUCUUUAAAUAUUCCAUUAUUAUCUAUAUUCAAAAUCUUGUUGCGAAAGUUUAGUUCCAAUAUCUUUGUAAAGAAAGAAAACUAAAAAAACUAUAGGAAAAGCAAAAGAAAAAUACAAAAAAGAGAUGAAUAUACGAGGACGAUGAGGAGAAGCAAAAAAUUCCCUAUGCGAAUCAAUUAAUUUGUAACUAAUUUCAAUUAAAAAAGAAAAAAACAAAAUCGUAACUAUAGAAAGCUAUAGAGUAAGAGGAGUGGGGAAACCCCUCCACAACAGCAGAAUCACGCAGGGCUUCCAGUGCUCCCUUGGGUGGACGAGGAUCCUUGGAUCCUUCAAUGCCCAUGAGGACACAACCCGUAAUUAAGUGAUUGAUUAGUCGAGAGGAGUUUUUGACUAAGGAGACACACGAUGGAUGAGGAAAAUCAACAACCAAUUCAAUAUCAAAGUACACAACAUAUCGUGGCAUUAACUAGCCACAAAAACCACAACAACAACUCACAUCCCCUGAUUUUUGGAUUAUAUCCCUUGGUUCGAUGGAAUCAGCAUAUCAAUUUACCACGACGAGGCAGCAGAAGAAGAAGUAAAAGUUGGUAUCCAAAGAAUUUCCUUUGUUUUGGCUUACAAGUUAUUGGCGAAUCAAACGCGUUGAGAUAUUUAAAUCAGCAUCAAUUACGAGUGUCGCAAUUAGGCCACGAGCCAACCAAGAGUUUAGUGUUGGUUACGGCCCUU